AUGCAAAGAAUAGCAGAUAACAUAUUGAAUGAAACAAUCGAACCGUUGUUUGAAAAGACAUGUGUUCAAUUGUGUAAUGGAGGAUUCAAUGCGAUUAGAUCAAGUGUUAAAGCUGUACUAUCUCUAUCAUCGAUAUUACAAACUAGUCUUGGUCCUAGAAGUAUGAGUAAAAUGAUUUUAAAGGAUAAUGGAGAGUUUAUUAUUACAAAUGAUGGGUCAAUGAUACUAUCAAAUAUAAAGGCGAAUCAUCCAGCUUCAAAGUUGUUUGUAGAUAUUGCAUUGGCACAGGAUCGCGAUGUAGGUGAUGGAACAACUUCUGUAGUAUUGAUAGCUAGUGAAAUAUUGAAAUUGUUAUAUGAGAUGAUAGAAGAAGAAGAAGAAGAGGAAUAUGAAGGAAAUGGAGGAGAGGGAGGAGAACAACAACAACAACAACAACAAUUGACAAUACAUCAAAUUACAUUGACAUCAUUAUUAUUUAAAGCUGGGCAAGUUGCAUUAUCAAUAUUAGAAAGUGACCAAGUUAGCAAUGCAUUCCAAUCAAAUGAUCCUACCAUCCUAUUAAAAAUGGCUGGUGUAUCAUUGGCAACCAAACAUUAUUCCUAUUGGACAAAUAAUUUAAUUAAUAUUGCUUACAACUCUAUCAUCAAUACUAGUAGAAACAAUAAUAAUAAUAACAACAACAAUAAUAAUACAAUAGACAUACAAAAUAAUAUAAAUAUAAUUAAAAUGUAUGGAAUUGGAAACAACAAUAAUAAUAAUACAUCCUCCUCUAAUAAUAAUAAUAAUAUAUCAAAUAUAGAUAAUAAUGAAUUUAUCAAAGGUUUAUUUAUAUCAACCAUUAAACAACCAUUUAUAAUUAAUAAUAAUAGUAAUAAUAAUAAUAGUAGUAGUGAUACGACGGAUAAUAAUGAAAAAAGAUGUUGUAUUUUAGGAUUUGAUUUAAUUGAUUUAAAAAACAAAGAAUCAUUUAAAACUCAUAAAUCAAUAUCAUCAGUGAAUGAUAUGGAUCAUUAUUUAUCAUUCAAACAAUCAAGAUUAAUAUUUAUAUUUAAUAAGAUUAAACAAAUGAAUAUUAAUGUUGUAUUUUGUAAAUAUAGCUUACCAGAGAAUUUAAUACAAAUGUUGGUUUAUCAUUCAAUAUCGGUGAUACAAGAAUUAAAAGAUGAAGAUAUUACAAAAAUAUCAACUAUUACUGGUGCAGUAUUAUUAAAUAACCAAGAUGAAUUUGAUUUGGAAUCAAUGAUUGGAUCAAUUUCCAUAAUCUCUAUGUAUUGUAAAUUUGAAAAUCAAUAUUUUAUUCAUCUAUCCAAUGAGAAUACAUUUUAUUCAACGAUUAUAAUUAGAUCACCAACAAUGGAUAUAGCAGAUGAUUUGGAGAUUGGUAUGAUCGAUGCUCUCUAUCUAUUGAAAUCAUCAAUGGAAACAAAACCAAGAUAUGUUUAUGGUGGUGGAUGUUGUGAAAUGUCUCUAUCAAUGGCAUUAAAGAGACAUGUACAAAAGAAUAAUAUAAAGGGGUUGGAAGCAAGAAUAUUUGAAAUAUUGGCAAACGCAUUUUCUGUCAUUCCUUCAAUUAUUGGUUCAAAUUGUUAUCCUUUUCAAAAUACCAAAAUUGACAAUGACAGCAAUGACAAUGAUGAUCAAGAGAUGAUUGAUGGUGGUAUAAUGUCAAUCAUUACAAGAUUAUCAUUUCUUCAUGGUCAACAUUUAAAAAAUCAAGAUGUAGCAACAGACGAGACAUCUGUGCCAUGCAAAUGGGGAAUUGAUGGAUGGACAGGUAGAAUAUGUGAUAUUUCCAAACUUGGCAUUAUCGAACCAUUGGUAUUAAAGAAAUCAAUCAUUAAUGCAGCCAUUGAAUCUUGUAUUACAUUAUUAAGAAUUGAUACAAUUAUUUCUUGUUCAGUUUUGAAUCCACCAAUCAAAUAA